AUACGCUGUGUUGUCCAAUGUGGAUCCAUCGAGGAGCUCUCCUUGUCUGCAAUGAACAAGAGAAGAAUCUUUGACAGGUUCCUCAAAGGCCGACGACUGCUUAAGAUUCUGUCCCUCAUCCCCAUGGCUCUUCUCGGGCUGUUCAUCCUCUGGAAGCCCGACAUCCCAGUACCACAGCAGCUCUCCGCUGACCUGUCAGCCUGUUCCGCUAUCCUCACAGCAGACCUGGAGAACCACAAGGAGCACUUGGAGGUUCUUCUGUCUUCCGUGCACAGACGUGUUUUGCUAUCUGAGGACUUCUACAUGAACAUAACUCAGGAGUGUGGAGCCUACGUUGCCCAGAGAGGCUACUUCAUGGUUCCACUCAGUGAGGAGGAGAGGGAUUUCCCCAUCGCGUACUCCAUGGUGAUCCACGACCAGAUCGAGAUGUUCGAGCGCCUCCUGCGGGCCGUUUACGCUCCCCAGAACGUCUACUGCGUGCACGUGGACCGGAAAUCCACAAGGAAGUUCCACGUGGCCGUGGAAGCCAUAGUUUCCUGCUUUGAGAACGUAUUCAUAGCUGGUAAGUUGGAGAGUGUGGUCUACGCUUCAUGGUCUCGAGUACAGGCAGAUUUGAACUGCAUGGAAAGUCUGUUAAAGUCACACGUGAAGUGGAGGUACCUGCUCAACACCUGUGGUACAGAUUUCCCUAUUAAAACCAACAGGGAGAUAGUGCAAGGACUGAAGGCCCUCCAUGGAAGGAACAGCAUGGAAACGGAAGCCACCAACGACUACAAGAAGCAGCGUUGGCAGUAUCACUACAACAUCUCCGACUCCAUCACCAGGACUGAUGUGAAGAAGAGCCCGCCACCCAUUACAAGCCCCAUGUUCUCUGGGAACGCGUAUUUUGUGGUCACCAGGGCCUUUGUGGAACAUGUGCUGCAGGACAACGAGGUCAGGGCCCUGCUGGAGUGGGAGAAGGACACCUACAGUCCAGAUGAGCACCUGUGGGCUACUUUGCAGCGGAUGCCCUCUGUGCCAGGAGCCAUGCCCGCCAACGCAAAGUAUGACGUGUCGGACAUGCAGGCCAUGGCUCGGGUGGUCAAGUGGAGCUAUUUAGCAGGAGAUGUGAGAAAAGGGGCACCGUAUGAUCCAUGCACUGGGGUGAAUAGAAGAGCUGUUUGUGUGUAUGGGGUUGGGGACCUGCAGUGGCUCCUUAGACAACAACACCUCCUGGCUAAUAAGUUUGAUCCACUGGUGGAUGACAUUGUCAUUAGAUGCUUGGAGGCUAUUCUCUAUUUUAAAGCUUUAGGCACAGGAUAAUAUUCUAUUAGAUACCUUAGAUGCCUUCACAAACUACUCACAAAUGACCAAAUGAGUGCACCCACCAAUGUAUUUAUGCAAAUAUAUCUUAGCAUAAUAACCACAGUUUCUCAUUCUUGUCUCUGGCCGUCCAGUUUAAUGGCUUUUGUUACAUGUGUACAUUUGUCUCUUAUUAGUCAGAUUACACAAGUGGCAUCCUAUGUCCCCAAUUUGUCAGGAAAAAACAUGAAAAAUAUAUUUAGAAUUGUCCUCUUUGCAUCUUGAACAAAUGUGUAACCCAACAUGUUCAGCAUUUUUACAAUGAAGUGUAGUGCCAUCUAGUGGACACUGGGUAUAAUACAUACUGUACCCACUACCAUAGCACUUGGUUUUUUAAGUAAAAUUGUAAAACUGUCAAGAUAAUAAAAUAUGCUCAAUAGCGGAGUAAAUGGUGACCGAAACACUUUUUGAUUUGCCGAUUGUGAAAGUGUUGUCCUGCCACAUGAAAAAAAAAACACUUUUCCCAGGACAAUAAAAUAAAGGUGGGGUCAGAGACCUAAAAUGCAUUUUUAAAAUCAAGAGCAACCAUAAAAAUAUAUUACUUUUGUCACCUUUUGAAUAUAAAUAUCUAAAUGUAAUAAAGCAGUACAUGCAUCAAUCAUUGAUCUGUAACAGAGUGCCUUCAACAGUAACAAGGAAACAAGCUCAUUCUUACAUGAUAGAGGGGCAGUAAAUAAAAGGAUUAAGAACCUCUCUCUGUGUGGAGAAGAAGUUUGCCACAAGAAGUAAAAAUGUUCCACAAUAUGUAACAGGCAGCAUGGGU